AACUUGUUGGGCUGGUGAACAAGAAAGAACACAAGCAGUGAAGAAUAGGCAUGGGGAUACUCUAUUCGGAGGUAUGUGGUCAUUUUUUGCACAGUAACUGAAACUAUUGAAGCUGUGGAUAUGUGUUGGUUUUAGUUUCUUCCCUUCAUGUCGCCAUGUACAUGGGCUUAAAAAUAUGGCAGUCCUUUUCCUUUGGAAUACUGUGUGUUACCUAUUACAAAUUGACAAAAGUGCAAUUUGUAGGAGCAAAAUAAGCACAACAACCAGUAUAAUUAUUGUGGCUUUGUAGACAGAGUUCACGUUUGCUCAAUUUUUUGUUGUUGUUCUGCAUUGAGAUCAGAGUAAUUCUGAGCCCUGGGCAUGGAUAACUAAGAACUGCCAGUGGGUUCCUUAACUUAUGCUGAAUACAAAUAAUAAAGCUGGUGCCCAAGGAAACAUUAUCUAGGGAAGCUUCAGUUUAGAAAUGUGACUUAAAAGAAAUUUUUUAGCUCUUAUGAAUUUUUCCCCAGACUGUAGUUAAGUCAGCACAACCAUGGAUUUCAGCAUAAAUGCUACGUAAGUUUAUUCACUAUUUUAUAAACUUUCCAUUUGCACACUAAGGAACAAAUGAAGGUUUCAGUUCUUUUUUGAUUGUGAAUACAAUGUGUAGCACUGCUGCUUCUCUUUCUGGAGAUAGCAUUGCAUAUAUGUUCCUCUAAAAGGUCACAUUUUCAUCCUGAAAGAUACUCUUAAUUUUAAAUGGCUAUUCAAUGAAGAUAUCUUCUCUUUCAGUAUUAUAGGGAGAAUGAAUCUGCACAUUCACACACUGACGGGCUGAGUAGACUGCAUCACAUUCUUUGUUGUCUCUCUCCAGUUUGGCUACUCAGAAAUAACGUUGUACAAGAAACUAGUCAGCUAGUGGAAUUACAAUGGCAUUUAGGGAAUGUUCAAAUACUUUCUGUGCUUUCUAGUUAAUAACUUCAUAUGCAUUGAUUUCUUGUCUUAAAGUGUUUUAGUGAGAUGUAAUUUUAAGAUAGUAAGAUAGAAAUCUAUAGGAGCUCAAAUAAAGUGCAAGAUUUAUUUGCUGAGAAGUAUGGAAGGGAUACUAGUACAUUCCUCAGCAUCCCAAAUAUGGUUUAAAUGUUACCAUUUAGUUUGUAGAAGGCCUUUGCAUUAAUUUUAGCUCACAGGUAAAGGCUGCGAAUUGAUUAAGAAUAUCUUCAUAACAUGAAGUAGUUCCUUUUUUUCUAAACAGCUGCAAAUGCCUGAUGUAACUUUGGCUGUCCCUUGCAGAAGGCAAUUUCCACUUGAAAUCUUUGUCCCAGCUUUACCUUUAGCCUCCUCUCUAGUGGCUGAAUGCUUUGUCCUUUGAGUUGUGCCUUUAUCAUAGUAUCUCAGAAUCAUUUGACUUGAAAGACACCCUUAAAGGUGAUUCAGUCCAACUCCCCUGCAGCGAGUAGGGAUACCUACAGCUUGUUCAGGUUGCUCAGAGCCCCGUCCAGUCUGACUUUGGAUGACUCCAGUGAUGGGACACCCACUACCUCUCUGGGCAAUCUGUUCCAGUGCCUCACCACCCUCAUUUUAAUAAUUUUUUAUCUCAUGUUUGGCAGAAAUUGCUGAACUGCUAGCUGGUGGUUUAUUACUACUUCAGCAAAUCUAAGCAAGGAACAACUGGACACAAGUAAUGCAAUUCAUUUGGAUCCGAGUAAAUUACCAGCCAAUUUGUCAGGCAGCUUAUAAUAACGACUUCAAUGAAGUUCAGCUCCUUUUGGAUAAAAACAGCAACUACCUGAAUAUCCAGGACAGCUUCGGUGGAGAUACCCCCUUAAUCUGUGCAUGCAAGCAGGGAAACAACAGAAUAGCUAAUUAUCUUCUUAAAAAGAAUGCUGAUGUCAACCUCAGAAACAAGAAACACCGCACUUGUCUGCAUUAUGCUGUCAGAAAACGGUUUACCUUCCUUGAUUAUGUGCUCAUCAUAAUUCUCAUGCCGGUUUUGCUUAUUGGAUAUCUUCUCAUGAUUUCAAAGACAAAACAGAAUGAAAACCUGGUCAAGAUGUUGCUUCGGGCUGGAGCUGAUGUUAAUGCUACAGACUAUUCUGGUAGCACAGCCCUUCACUACGCUUGUGAAAUGAGAAAUCAGGCAGUCAUUCCUCUACUGCUUGAAGCUCAUGCAGAUGUUUCUGUGAAGAAUCAGGAUGGGGAGACUCCUUUAGAUAUUGCAAGAAGACUACAGUUCAGCAACAUUGAAAGCAUGCUAAGGAAAACCUCCUAAUGCUUGGUGGGACUUUAUCAAGGACUGCUGAAAGUGCAGCAAAUCACUCCAUCAGGCAAUACAUCCUAUAUAGCAGCAAGAGUCCUGCAGAAGGCUGUAGACUGGUAACUGAUACUUGGUCCAAACUGUUGUAGACUUUGACUAUUUUGUAUGAGACUUGUGAGUACCCUCAGGACUGUGUGGACUGAAAGGAGUUUAUUUGCUUUUACUAAGCUGUGAAUGAGUACAAUUGCAUUCCAAAUAUUGUUCUUCCCAUCUGCUCCUCCAGUUGUACUGCUUGACUUGCACAGAUAAGGCUUCUGGAAACCUGAGUACCGCAUGUGAUGAUAAGCAGCCAAUGGAGAAAUAAAAUAUCCUUUACAGUC